AUGGAAACCAAUUUGGGGUUGGUGGCAGGCUCUCACAUCAGCAACGAGUUCAUUAUCAUACGUCAAGAUGGAAAUUUUCCUCAAAGGGAGGUGCAAUUGCAACAGUUACAUGGUAAAACAUGCCAACUGUGUGGAGAUGAUAUAGGGGUUAAUGCAGAUGGUGAGCCCUUUGUGGCCUGCAACGAGUGUGCUUUUCCUGUUUGUAAAAACUGCUAUGAGUAUGAACGUAGGGAUGGAAACCAGGUCUGUCCUCAAUGCAAAACCAGAUUCAAGCGUCUCAAAGGGUGUGCUAGAGUUGAGGGGGAUGAAGAGGAGGAUGACAUUGAUGACUCGGAGAAUGAGUUCGAUUUUGAUGGACGAAAUAAACCAGAUUCCAAAAUGUCCAUUUCUUCUGAGGAACAAGAUGAAGAAACUUCUCAAGAACAUCAUGCUUUGGUUCCUUCAAGUUCAACCAUAUUGAGCAAAGAAAUAAUUUCCUUGCAAGCAAGACCCAUGGAUCCUUCCAAGGACCUGGCUGCUUAUGGCUAUGGGAGUAUUGCAUGGAAGGAAAGAAUGGAAAUAUGGAAGCAAAGACAAAUGAAACUUAGUAACAUGAAAAAGGAAAAUGACAGUGAAGAUUCAAACAACGUCGUUGUAGGUGAUGAUGACACUGAAUUCCCUGUAAUGGAUGAAGGAAGACAACCAUUGUCAAGAAAGUUGCAUGUUCCAUCUAGUAAAAUAAACCCUUAUCGAAUGAUCAUAGUAAUCAGACUAGUUGUUCUUGGGUUCUUCUUCCAUUACCGAGUUAUGCACCCCGUAGACAAUGCCUAUGCUUUGUGGCUUGUGUCAAUAACUUGUGAGAUUUGGUUCACUCUUGCAUGGAUUCUAGACCAGUUCCCAAAGUGGCUUCCUGUCAUGCGGGAAACUUAUCUAGACAGGCUUUCCUUGAGGUAUGAAAAGGAAGGGCAACCUUCACAACUUUCUCCCAUUGAUAUAUUUGUGAUCACAAUGGAUCCACUAAAAGAGCCUCCUCUUGUAACUGCAAACACAGUUCUUUCUAUUCUAGCCAUAGACUACCCUGCUGAAAAAGUGUCAUGUUAUGUAUCUGAUGAUGGGGCAGCAAUGCUAACAUUUGAGGCUUUAUCUGAAACUUCUGAAUUUGCAAAGAAAUGGGUUCCGUUUUGUAAGAAGUUUAGCAUUGAGCCAAGGGCUCCUGAAUGGUACUUUGCUGAGAAGAUAAACUACCUAAAUGAUAAGGUGCACCCAUCAUUUGUGAAAGAGAGAAGAGCAAUGAAGAGAGAAUAUGAAGAGUUUAGAGUUCGAAUCAAUUCUCUAGUUGCUAAGUCUAGGAAGGUACCAGAAGAAGGGUGGACAAUGCAAGAUGGAACACCAUGGCCUGGAAAUAAUGUUCGUGAUCAUCCAGGAAUGAUACAGGUUUUUCUUGGAGAAACUGGGGGACAUGACAUGGAUGGCAAUGAAUUGCCCCGCUUGGUAUAUGUUUCUAGAGAAAAGAGGCCAAAAUUCAAUCACCAAAAAAAACCAGGAGCCUUGAAUUCUUUGAUUAGAGUGUCCGCUGUGCUUUCCAAUGCGCCUUUUGUGUUGAACUUGGACUAUGAUCAUUAUAUCAAUAAUAGCAAGGUUGUGAGAGAAGCAAUGUGUUUCAUGAUGGACCCAUUAUUACGAAAAAGGGUCUCCUAUGUUCAGUUUUCACAUAGAUUUGAUGGUAUUGAUAGAGAUGAGCAAUAUGCCAAUCAAACAAAUGGAUUCCUUGAUAUUAACAUGAGAGGCUUGGAUGGUAUACAAGGACCUACAUAUGUUGGGACAGGAUGUGUCUUUAGAAGACAAGCACUAUAUGGUUUUGAUUCUCCUAGAAAAAAGAAGCCUCCAACCAAGACAUGCAAUUGUUGGCCAAAUUGGUGCUGUUGCGGAUGGUGUUGCAUGCGAAAGAGGAAGAAGAAGAAGUUGAAGAAACCUAAGUUUGAGAUAAUGGACAGCAGUCAUAGAAAAGUACAUUCUGAAGCAUCUUUAGUUGAAGGUGCUUUGCAAUAUAUUGAACUUAGUUCCAAAGGCACAGAAGAUGAAUUUUCAGCUCACAUUUCAAAUCAGAAGUUUGUCAAGAAAUUUGGACAAUCCCCUAUUUUCAUUGCAUCAACUCAAUUGGUGGAUGGUGAGACACUAAAACAUGGCAACCUUGCUUCUCAACUUACAGAAGCAAUACAUGUCAUUAGUUGUGGUUAUGAAGAGAAAACAGAAUGGGGAAAAGAGGUUGGGUGGAUCUAUGGUUCAGUUACAGAAGAUAUAUUGACAGGUUUUAAAAUGCAUUGCCAUGGUUGGAGAUCUAUAUAUUGUAUUCCUAAAAGAACUGGAUUUAAAGUAUCUACCCCAAGACACCUUUCUAAUGGUUUACAACAAGUGUUUCAAUGGGCCCUUGGAUCCACUGAAAUAUUCAUGAGUAAACAUUGCCCUCUUUGGUAUGGAUAUGGAGGAGGACUAAAGUGGUUACAACGUAUUUCUUACAUAAAUGCCAUAGUAUAUCCAUUGACAUCAAUACCUUUGGUGGUAUAUUGUACCCUACCUGCUGUUUGCUUGCUCACUGGGAAAUUUAUCAUCCCUGAGCUCAGUAAUACAGCUGGCAUGUGGUUUAUAGCUGUUUUCUUUUGCAUUUUCACCACAAGUGUGUUAGAGAUGAGAUGGAGUGGUGUUACAGUUGAUGAAUGGUGGAGAAAUGAGCAAUUUUGGGUGAUUGGAGGGGUUUCAGCCCAUUUUCUAGCACUGUUUCUAGGGAUAUUUAAGGUGUUAGCAGGUGUAAAUACAAACUUCAUUGUGACAUCAAAAGUAGAUGAUGACAAGGAGCAUUCUGACAUGUUUGGUUUGAAGUGGACCACUUUACUAAUCAUACCAACAACAUUGCUGAUACUAAACAUAAUUGCUGUAGUUGCUGGAGUCUCAUAUGCAAUAAACAAUGGGUUUGUGUCAUGGGGGCCCCUAUUUGGUAAACUCUUGUUUUCUUUGUGGGUGAUUCUUCAUUUGUAUCCAUUUCUCAAAGGUAUGAUGGGUAGGCAUAAUAGAACUCCUACCAUUGUUCUUGUAUGGGCAAUCUUGCUUGCCUCUUUCUUUUCUGUCUUGUGGGUGAAAAUUGAUCCAUUUUUACCCAAGUCAGAUGGCCCAAUUCUAGAGGAAUGUGGAUUGGAUUGCAAUUAGCUACAAAUUUGACCAGCUAAAAUGCUACCAUGCAUGGAUGAUAAUUGUUUGUUUUAGUGCAAGCUAGAAAUUGUUUGGUUGUGGAGUUGUGAGGAAGAUUGUUUGGCUUGAUGCCACUUUUAACUUGUUAUAAUUGUAUGUUUUAUUCAAUUUUUGAUUCUAGCUUAAGGGUUGAAACAUUAGUUGAAAGAAUUUUUGGGACACAAGACAAGUGCUCGCUUGAUUCUUAGAAGACAUAGCAUGAUUGUAAUCUUGUAUUACAAUUUAAUUUAUAAAACAUUGUAAUUUUAUA